AACUACGAAAAGAAAAAGAAACAAAAACCUAAAAGAAAUAAAGAAUCCAGCUCCCUUCUCCUCUUUCUCCAUCUCUCUCUUGCUUUACCAACUAAACCCCGUCACACUCUCUAAACCCCACCACCCUAUAACACUCUCUAGUCUCUUCCAUGGAAAAUCUGCUCCCUAACAAACUAUUCUUCAUCUUCUUCGCCAUUCACGUUCUUGGGGGUGCAAUGUUCUUGGCAGUGGUGGUGGAAGGGAACUGGUGUGUGGCAAGAAGUGAUGCAAGUAACCAAGCCUUGCAAACUGCACUCGACUAUGCAUGCGGUUCUGGUGCCGACUGUACUCCAUUACAGUCUAAUGGACUAUGCUUCUUGCCUAACUCAAUCCAGGCUCAUGCUUCUUAUGCAUUCAAUAGCUACUUUCAAAGGAAAGGAAUGGCUCCUGGCUCCUGUGACUUUUCUGGCACUGCUACUGUUGCAAAAACUGAUCCCAGUUACGGAUCUUGUGUGUAUCCAUCCUCUCUAAGCACUGCCGGAGGGGCUGGCACCACUUCAAGCACCACACCAAAUACUAACCCCAACAUACAAUCACCGACAUUUGGCGAUGGUUCCACCGGACUGAACCCUGGACUAAACCCCGGAACGCCUCCACUGCUGGACAAUUCUGAAUCUUCUCUAGGGUUUGUGGCCACAAGAACCUUACUGCCUCUGUGCCUCUUGCUUGUUCUCUCAUUUACGUUUCGCCCCAUGUAGUCUUUUAAGCCAGAGCUGCAACAUUGCUCUGGUGUGAAAGAAAUUGCGUGCACAGUUUUGUUAGAUGCUUGAGCGCUCAUCCUUGCCACCAAGUAGCUUUAGCACUAAUCAUCUAUUCAUGCUGUUUUUAAUGUGGAGGGGUUGUUAGUAAGCUUUUAAUUGGCUGGUAUACAUGUUUUGUACUCAUUUAGUUGCAAGGAGAUCUGGGUAGCUAGCUACAAAAACCCUUAUGGCUAUUGAAGUCCAACCUUUGCAGGACUACAAAAUCGAUUCAAUUGUUCAAUCUUGAUUUGUAAGUUUAUAAUGUUGUUGGUGGACAAGGAUUUGCGGGAGCAGUUUAUUAUAUGUUUCUGAAAA